AUGAUCCGCGGAAGAACACAGAUCUCGCGGAUUGUGAUUGCCGCCCUAUUCAGCUAUGGACUCUUGAUAUUCUUGUUCAGUCAGUCGGCGCGGAGGUUCUGGGCCACGGAUGGAGUCGAUAUGGCCCGGAGUUAUUUCGAAGACCAGGCUUUUGAGCACAUCAAGAACGAAACGCUGGGGUUCGAACAUAUCUUCGCCAUCGGGUUGAAGGAACGAACGGACAAACGCGAUUUCCUCACAUUAGCUGCCUCGAUGGCGGGCUUUCGGGUCGAAUGGCUUGACGGGGUGCGACCGACGGAGAUCAAUCAGAAGUCCUUACCAAAUGAAAACAGCCUCAAGCCAUCGGAAAUCGGCUGCUGGCGCGCACAUAUGAACGCACUCACCAAAGUGGUCGAGAACUCGUACUCCACUGCCCUUAUCCUCGAAGACGACGCGGACUGGGACAUCUUCAUCAAGCAGCAACUGCGAGAGUUCGCGCGGGGCGUGCGGGCGCUGACGGGCAACACGCACGGGUCGCGGCAGGCCCCCUACGGAACCAACUGGGAUGUGCUCUGGAUCGGCGGGUGCGCGUCAGCGGCCAAGGCCAACGAGACGCAGUUCUUCGCCAUCCCGCAAGAUCCGACAGCGCCCAGCAUCGACCACCGCGGCACUUGGGGCGGACCGCUCAAGGAGUGGAAGACGCAGUACCCGGAGUUCCCGGAGACGUCGACGCGGUUCGUCUACCGGGCGGAGUACGGGUGCUGCACGUACGGCUACGCGGUGACCAAGCGCGGGGCGGAGCGGAUCCUGGCGGCCCUCGCCGUCGACCGCAUCGUCGCCGCCGUGGACAACUCCAUGGGCGACCUGUGCGGCGGCAAGGACGGCCGCCCUCAGAUCGAAUGCUUCGCCCCCUUCCCCAACCUCGUCGGCACCUACCGGGCGGCGGGCCCCGCCUCGAAAGACUCAGACAUCCACAAUGGCACCGACGAGUGGCACGAGGCCCAGGCCUGGAACCUGAUGUAUAGCACCCGGUUGAAUAUUCAUAACCUGGUCGCCGGGAAGGAUACCGUGUACGCGCAGUAUGAAGAGAAGUUCCCUUGGUCCAAGUGGAAGCUGAGUCGGAAGAAUUUCCACUAUCCGCAAGGGUACCUGGUGCAUUAA